GCUACGUUAGGCCCAUAACAUCACGUGCGAGGCACACGUAUUAACAUUGUGAGCUUCCCUGUCUCGCUGCGCUGGGAGUUUCUCAUGCUCGACACGUGUCUCGUACGUGUCGACGCUCCUCGCCUUUCAUUUAUGACGGACCGGCUUUUGUAGUUGACCGCUGUUCCCAGCGGGCCCCCCCGCGCUUCGCUUGCGCAGGGGAUAACGGUGGCUCGUUGCGUGCUGGGUCGCGCGGGAGCCAGGCGAGCGCCGAAGUCUCGCGGGUGCCACCUGUAGCAGCGGCCGGUUCCCCCCGAGGAGGAGGUGUUAGUGGUGAUCAUGGCCAAGGUAAUCUCGCCGGAACUCUCUUUGCCGAAGUCUUUCUCGCCUUGGAAAGAGGAUAUACGGCUGCUUCUUGUUUCCGACUGUGUUUUUUGAUGGAAAGAGGAUAUACUGUCUUUACGAUGACGAAUCCUCUCUCCCGCAUUGAACGCUUUCACUGCUCUCUUCUUGUUCUGGGGUUCGCAGGAUGGGUGGUGGAACCCAACUGGCGAACAAGGCAGCUUUUGCUGCCAUGGUAGAAGAACCAUCUGUUUGUUUUGGGCCACGGAUGGGCCCACAUGGGCUCAUGCUGCGCUCUCUCUGUAGUAUAUAUCAUUGUAGUUCUGAGAUAUCAAUAUCGAGCGCGGCCGAGCCGGCCCGGAGUCGCGCCCGCCACUGUCGACCGACGGAAAGCCGCUCUUUUGCUUGCUUCGUGGCUCAGAAAUACAAAGCGCUCAAUAUUCUCUGCCAAAAUCGUCAUUUUCCUCGUUUAUUUUUACUCCACAGUGAAGCCGGAGCUCCAAGUUGCCGGUUUGCAACAGGGUGGAGCACGCGCGCCGACGUGGCGUCUCCAUCGGAGAGCAGGAAGAUGACGUCGGAGGACGCGGAGAUGACGUCCGGGCAUCGAGAUCCGGACCGGGGCCAUCGCCAGCUUAUCCGGCCGGAAGAGAGGGAUCAAACGGCUGACCCGGCAGACCGGGAGCUCGACCUCGGGUUCCACUUGAUGGCGCAGACCUCUAUCUAUUCCCUCACCUGCGACGAGAUCCAGAACGCGGUGUGCGAGCCCGGCAAGACCUUCGGGUCCAUGGAUGACUUCCUCACCAGCAUCUGCAACGUCGAGGAUAUCCAAGCUGCCGCGGCCAACGCCAACAACGACAGCAGCAACAGCCAACCGCAGGCCAACAACCUAGCCGACAGCACCGCAGGGGGUCAAGUAGUGGAGGCGGCGGCGGCGCUCCAUCGGCAGGGGUCGCUCACUCUCCCGGCGCCGCUCUCCAGGAAGACGGUGGACGAGGUGUGGGCGGAGAUCCACCGGAACGCGGCUCGCCGGUCCCACCGCGUAGAGCAGGUCAACCCGGACGGCGUCGGCGUCGAGAACGCCUGUCGUCAGCCGACCUUCGGGGAGAUGACGCUCGAGGACUUCCUCGUAACGGCCGGGGUGGUCCGGGAAGGACACGGCGGGCAAGGAGCGCCACCGCCCCACCCGCAGCCGAUGGCGCAGCCCCCCUCCGCGGCGCAGCAGUAUGAGAUGACCGGUUUCGGCCACAUGGUGGGCAUGGCAGGGUACGUCGACGAGCAAGUCUUGGGGGCGGCGGCGGCCGCGGUGGUAGGGUCACCCGCGAGCCCGUUGUCGUCGGAUGGAAUGGGGAGAGGACAGGUGGACAACUCGGUGCCAGGGUACGGAGCCGACGUGCCGAGAAGCAUAAGCGGCGUCGGAAGGAAGCGACCGGGGGACGGGGAAACGGUGGACAAGGUGGUGGAGCGGCGGCAGAGGAGGAUGAUCAAGAACAGGGAGUCCGCCGCCAGGUCUCGCGCCAGAAAGCAGGCAUACACAGUGGAGCUGGAGGCGGAGCUGAACGUGCUGAAAGAGGAGAAUGCCCGGCUGAGAGAAGAGCAGAGAACGGCAAUGGCGUUAAGGGCGCAACUGGUGAGCCGCUGGAACGCAGCUGUGCUGUCCAUGCUUCCUACUAAUUUGCUCUCCAUUUGUCUGCAGCUGCUGGAGUCUAUGACAGAGCAGUCGCGUAUAAAUGUGCAGAAGGCAGUGAGGAAGCUGCGUCCCUGCAACAGCUGCACAUGGUGACGGCCUUCGAGCAUAACUCCGACAGUUCUAAUCUCCUGUCUUAGCUAUAUAGUGUGUGUAUGCCAUCUCGAUCAUGCAAUUUGCUGUUAGCAUAUGCUUCCCCUUGUUAUUUGUACAUAUAAUACAUGCACACAUUGUUCAA